GGGAGCUAAUCCUGCUAACAAAAUUGUUAUACAACUUUUCAGUGCAGACAAGACUGGGGGACAAUGAGAUUAUUCUCUCUAAUUCGAGCUUGUCAGUCCUAUGCAAGACAAUCUACAUAUCAGGCACAUACUAGAGUAUAUUUGCAGUCGCACAGAUUAUCUUCAACAAAUAACACAGAGGAUGAUUAUCCUUUACCUGAAUACCAGGAAAGACAGAAGGAAGCACUAGAAGUGAAGAAAGCUAGAUUAUUAUAUCAAAGUAGAAAAAGGGGCAUGCUAGAAAAUGGUCUUCUUUUAAGCACGUUUGCAGCUGAAUUUUUAAAUUCUUUUGAUGCGAAAGAAACCACAAUGUAUGACAAGCUGAUCAACAAGCCAUCAAACGAUUGGGAAAUAUAUUAUUGGGCCAUAGGUAACAAGCCAACACCAGAAGAAUUUGACAAUAAAAUUAUGGAUAUGUUAAAAAAGCAUGCAUCUAAUGAAAAUCUGGAUGAUCGUAGUCGUCAACCUGAUUUAUAGUGCUUAGACCCGAGAUGGAAUCUCAAAUAAAAACUCAAGUGUGUCCAACGUGUGUGUAAGCCCACAAGUUAUGGAAGUUGCCAAAGACAAACUUUUUAUGGCAUGUAAUUAAUUUAAAUGAACUGCUUCCAUGUUCUGUGUACAUAGUAUAUCAAAAGUGUUAUUAUUUAUUGGGUUACAGUUUUUAGGGAUCUCCUGGUUUACUGUUGAGUCAAAAUAUUAAAUAUUCCAACAAGAUACAAUUUCUCAUUGAUGUGUGCUGCUGAGUUUCAAUCAUGUGUGGCCCUUCAAUCUGGAGAUAUAGAUAUCCAGAUUUAUUUCUACAAACAGAAUAAUUUCAUUGCAGAACAAAACUUAAAUUAUAUUUUAUAUUUGUUUAUUGUUUUGUCAUAAACCAAUCUGUUUGAA